UUGUGUUCGGAGCGAAAUUCUAUUUAGCUGGGAAGGGCAGCUAUUCUAUUGUUUGUAUCGGAUUGCGUUUACGGAAACAACAUUAGACGGGUUCUCAGACAUCGGGUCUGACCAAUGACUCGGCCAAGUGUAAAGAAGUAAAAGGGCUUACUCGUUCAGAGCGUACUCACCCGCAGCUGAUUUUAUUCGACGCACAACUAAUCCAAACGCAACACAAUGAGCCGCUGGGAUCGACGCAAUGAUGAUGGGCAACACCAGCCACAGCGACAGCAACACGAUGACAAGCCACAACAGAGUCUACGGUCGCGCAUGGACCGCAGCAGAUCCCGAUCGCGGUCGCCAGACUCCUCCGGAAGCUCGCCGAGUUCCGGGUUCCGUGACCGCUCGCGUUCGCGAUCUGCUUCACCCGUCGCGUCACAGCGGGCGCAACAACGGAACCACCGUCAGCAGGAAGAAGAACGCCGGCGACGGCAGGAAGCGCUCGAGAGUCGCGGGCGCAACUCCAACGGCACCGGAACCGGUCCCGGCGGCACGUUGUCGGUGGGAAAGCGAAACGCGAGUGGUGCACCGCCGUCGGGCUCUUUAAAGCCCCCCAUCGGGGGCAUACAGAUGAAGCUGGCCGCGCCGUCCAGCAAAGAGCCACCGAAACUGAUGCGACCGAUCGCGAACGCGUUCCGGCAGGCGGAUGACGACAGCGAACCGGAAGAAAUGCCAGCCGAGUGCCGGAUGCGGAUGCGUAAUAUCGGGCGCGAAACGCCCACUUCGUCCGGACCGAACUCUUUCGGCAAAACGAAGCAUGGAUUCUGUGAUUCGAAGAAAAUGUUUGAAAAGAAAGUCGGCAGCAGUCUCGGCGGAGGCGACCGUUAGGCCGUUAGGGGGCACCCGGUGGCCAUUCGCGUUCUGUGAGACGGCUAUAGCUGUAUAGCUAUGAAACGAAUGUUUUCAGUCGCGUUAAGACAAGCGGCGAUGGCGUCCUUCGCGGACGAAGAGGUUGACCGAUUCCGCGGAAAGUGGGAAGACCUUUAUAUUUACUAAUUAAAUGUCUUAUUUCUUCUUCGUACCGUUAGAGCAUGGAACUGAAUCUUUUAAUUACUUUUAAAUUAAUUAGCAAUUCGAUGGUAGACAAUGGCAGCCAUCUGUCCGUUCUUAGGCGUAAAAAACUGAUUAAAUAAACUUUGCUUCGA